AUGCCUGGAACAAAAGACGAAGUUGCUGUUGAGACACCAGAAACCACCACAGAGCCCAUUGUUGCAAAAACAGUGGAAGAUGUGAAGGCAAAGUCCGAAGAGUCUCCAGAGGUAGAAGAAAAAACUACAGAGGAAGAAAAGUCAGAGGAAACAAUAGAAGAAACCACAAAUGAAGCCAGUUCAGAUGCAGCCGAAUCAAAUACAGAACCUGAGAGUGCUGCAGAAAAACGACCAGAGUCAUCAAACGGCACAGACGAGACGGAAGGAGCUACCGAAUCUGCUUAA